CUGAAAAUUAAAUUUACUUUGCAAUUUGUAGAACUAUGAAUUCAAGAAAUAUUAGCUUAAUCUUCAUUAUUGAUCUUGGCAAUACGAAAAUUUCCAAUCUUACAAUACUUCAGGCUUUCAUAUCUAAAGUAGGUGUGUUCUAGGAAGUAACAAUCAAGUGAUCCCUUUGUUGAUGAAUGAAAAUGUUACCUCAUUUAGGAGUUAGAUGGAAGCGUAUAUAUUUAGUAAAACAGUGAAUUAUUGCGAAGUGUUAGUGAAAUUGUUAGUAUUGCGUCACUUACUCAGUAUUUAGUGUAAAGACGAUGUUUAACAGUUUAUAUGGACAUUGGCAUGUGGUUCGUGUUUAGCUGUUUGUUAUUCUGUGAUCAGCGUGUUUAAUAUAAAUCUAGCGGAAUGGUGGUUAAAAAUCGUGAGGUUGUCAAUGACAACCCCAAUCAGCCCGAGCUGAACACCGUGGCGACAUACAUCAGGCUGAUCAACGAGCAGCCGAACUACAUACCGCCUGCUAACGAGCUCAUCGAGAACUGUCUCAACAUUGUAACAUGCCUAAGCCAAACUGUGGGCACAGAAGACGAGCUGUGGGGUCUGCUGACGGCCGUCGAAGAAUACCUCGUGCGCCUCAUUACUUCCUUGGAGUGCCCUUUGCGCAAUGACGUCAUCGAUGCUAUAUUGGAUAAAUUCUUCACCAUAAUAUCCGAUCCAACUUCUGAUGCGCGUCCUGCUAUGUCAGUGAUCCUGAUUGUGCUCGAUGGAUCCGAGACCGAGGCACCAUUCGGUACAGCUCGCUGGUUGGAAGGCGGUCCAUCUCCAGCCAGCCUCGGCACCGCUCUCGCUUGCCUCUACCGCUGGAUUACGGAGUGGAAUGCCUCCCCGGCUUUAAGUGAUUGGGUCCUGGGAUACAUGAAAAAACUGGAGGAGAACGAACAGUAUGAUGUUUUGAUCGAGGUAAGCAAGGAUAAUUUGUCUCGCCUAUUAUUGGCAGUCCAUAAUCCUACGGAUCUCCGACAGUCUAAUGCCGAAGUCAUUUUUCAUGUAAUGGCUUCGCUUCGCGAAACCACCGACAUUCUCGAUAAGGUCGCUCCAAAUUUGGCCGUGGUGCUGAAUGCCCUGGUAGCUGACAGCCGGCAGUGGAGCUGGCAGCUAUUGCAGAAUGUCGUUGACAUAACUACGGCAAUGGUAGACCAUCUCAGGGGGCCGUUGUUGGGACAGGACCUUGUCAGUUUCAACAGCAGAUACCAUGCUGUGAUUACCUGCUUGGAGCAGCAUAUGGCAAGUAGGAGCAGCCAAUUCUUGAGACUGCCGGCUUGGGGAUCGCAGAGCAACAUGGCCGCUGCUGGUGGUAACGAGAUGGCCGUCGUACGCAAGGUCGGCCUCUUGAACAGAGGCACCACAUGCUACGUGAACAGCGUUAUGCAGGCAUUACUGGCCACUAGAGAAUUUAGUAACUUCGUGGUACUGCAUCUGCAUAACCGUGCGUACUGGGCUAAGCUGGCGGAGCUUUUCACCAAAUUGAAGUACUCUGUGUCCACUAAAGUCGAUCCGGACGACUUUUAUGUCACAAUGAAUUCGCCGAAAUUCAACAUCGACAUACAGCACGAUACCUCCGAAUUCCUGGGGUAUUUCUUCGAACUGCUUCUGUCGUACGAGCAUAAGAUGGAUUGCGACCAUGACUACUCCAAGGCGCCUGUCAUUGUGACGUAUAGACGUCGCCUGCCACCGCCGCUCACUCUGUCUCCCAAUCCCACCGAAGAGGAGGCCGUCGUUGAUAAUAAUCAAGACGAGGCAGUUGCCGGUAGCAGCACUGGUGCUACCGCAAACAGGAAGCGUGCUCGCAAGGGAUCGAGCAAUAGUCGCAAGCGUCAAAGGACCACCGAACCACCCCCAGAGGCUCCUGAGUCGUUCGUUGAUCAUAUCUUCGGUGGUGUGAUUCUGUCUCGUAUGAGAUGCAUGGUGUGCAAUACUCUGUCGACCACCCGUGACGUAUUCCGUGACCUGUCACUCGCGUUCCCCGAAGCGAAGAAAGACCACAUCCACACCGUGCAAAGUCUCGUCGACUACUAUUGCUCCACUGAGCUCCUGACUGCGGACAACCGCUACAAGUGCCCCGCAUGCGGCUGCAAACGCGAUGUCGAACGACGCGCCGUCAUUGAAUAUACGCCGCGUUAUCUCAUCAUUGUGUUGAAAAACUUCAAAUUCGACACAAAGAAGCUGACUCAGAAUAAACUGAUGUCGCCGACAAUUUACAGUCACAGUGUGACAUUGCCCACUGUGCCGGCACAGACCCAAAAUGGUUAUACCAUGUACGCGGCUAUUGUACACGAGGGUACCUCCAUGUCAUCCGGACACUAUUAUACCUUGGCCAAAACUGAAGACGGCUGGUAUCUUUUCAACGAUGAUGAUGUCACCAAAUGCAAUGAAGAUCAGAUACAAUUCCUGCGUCCGUGCAACACUCCGUACAUGCUGUUCUAUCGCCGUGAUGACGUUGAUGAAGCUCUCUUCCCAUCUCUGAACGAGGUUCCACCAAACAUCAGGGAACGGGUUAAGGUGCAUAACAAGCUGUACAUCGAGACGGUUCAGAAGCUGCAGAUGACUCGGCCAUGACGUACGCGCUCCCAGAAAAAUAUCGAUUUCUCGGUACUCGAUUACGUUGACAAUGAAUAAACACGUUUAAUCGCCCGAUUGAUAAAUGCAUCGAUAUUAUCCAUUUUUAAAUCGAUUUUCAAUGUCUGUAUCUCUAUAUUGCUUAUUAAUGACAGCGUUUUAAUAAUAACUCUUGAUGUUUAUUAUAUUAAUGGAAUUUUCUUAUUAUAUGCAUUCUUAACUUAACCCUUUGUCCGUCUUAUCGCGACAAACAUGAUUAUUGAAAAACUUGGAAUGAUAAAUGCGACAUCUUUUAAUCAUACCUGUAUUUUCGUAGGAAGAUUCUUAGUAUGUGUUUAUUUUUUAGGCGUUCAAAGGGUUAUAUUUAAUCGUUGUUGUAAAAACUUCACUAUUAUAAGAUUACUUCGAUAUUACAAUUUUUAAUAAUAAGUAAAAUGUUUAAUUAAUGGAUUC